AUGUUCAAAAUAAAGACAGGAAAUCAGACUAUAAUCUCAGAAUUCAUCCUUGUGGGAUUUGGAAUUCUCCCGGAGUUGCAGCCUCUUCUUUCCUUUUUCUUCUUGAUAAUAUAUAUUGCAACAAUAACUGGGAAUCUCCUCAUUAUAUUCUUAGUGAUAGCUGACCACCAUCUUCACUCCCCCAUGUACUUUUUCCUAGGAAAUCUGUCCUGCCUGGAGACCUGCUAUAGUUCAAUCAUCUUACCAAAAAUGUUGGCCAAUUUGUUUACUGGUCAACAAUCUAUUUCUUUUACUGGAUGCAUGGUCCAAUUUUAUUUGUUUGGUUCUUGUGUUUGCAUCGAAACAUAUCUCCUGGCAGCCAUGUCCUAUGACCGAUAUCUGGCAAUAUGUAGACCUUUACAUUAUAUUUCCAUCAUGCAUGUUAUGGUUGGUGUUCAGAUUAUGAUUGGAUUAUGGAUUGGUUCUUUCCUAGCAAAUUGCCUAACAAUAGCACUGCUGGCUCAGUUAUCAUUCUGUGGCCCUAAUAUUAUAAAUCAUUAUUUUUGUGACUUGAUUCCACUUGAAAAACUUGCAUGUAGUGACACAACAAUAGUUCAACUUGUUACCUUCCUUUUGACUGUUAUUUUCACUAUCACUCCAUUUCUACUUACACUAAUGUCUUAUAUUGCCAUUAUUGCCACAAUUCUAAAGAUAUCUUCUGCUGCUGGGAGGCAAAAAGCCUUUUCAACCUGUUCGUCUCAUCUCAUGGUGGUUUGUCUUUUUUAUGGUAUGCUAAUAAUUGUCUACAUUUUGCCAGAUACACCCAGUUUGAGGGAACUGAAUAAAGUUUUUUCCAUUUUCUACACUAUCUUGACUCCUCUGAUCAACCCUUUGAUCUAUAGUUUAAGAAACCAAGAAGUCCACAAAGCGCUAAGGAGAGUUGGAUGCAAAAUAUAUCAUUUUGCAAGAAUGCAAGCCAAUAUAUUAUCAUAG